CGCGGCCCGGGCCAUGGCCGAGGGGCCCUCGGUGGCGGGCGGGCCCCGGCGGCGCCCCAAGGACGUGCCUCGGCACGUGUGGGCCCGCGAGCGGCGGCGGAGCGCGGGCGCCGGCCUGGCGGGGCCCAACACCGUGUACGUGCAGGUGGUGGCGGCCGGCAGCCGCGACGCGGGGGCUGCCGUGUACGUGUUCUCCGAGUUCAACCGGUAUCUGUUCAACUGCGGCGAGGGCACGCAGCGCGCCAUGCAGGAGCACAAGCUGAAGAUCUCCCACCUGGACAGCAUCUUCCUGAGCCGCGUGUCCUGGGCCAACGUCGGGGGGCUGCCGGGGAUGAUCCUCACCCUGAAGGCCAUAGGACUCCAGAGGUGUGUGUUCCUGGGGCCACCAAAGCUGCAAAACUACUUGAAAGCCAUUCGCCUGUUCCCUGGGCCCCUCAAAAGGAUGGACUUAGCUGUGCAGUUGCACACAGAGCCUGAGUACAAGGAUGAGACAAUGACUGUCUACCAGAUCCCUCUGACAGCAAAAUCACUGGCUGCUGGAAGUUCAGCCCCCCAGAGUCCUGGAGCAUCUCCCCAAGGUGGAAAUAGCCCUAAAAGGGACACAGGGCCUGGAUCCCUGAGAGCUGCACAGCAAAGCUUGGAGGAAGGAGAAGAGAGCCCAAAGAAAGCAGGUGAUGAACAGAAGUGUGCAAGGAAGCAUCCUGAGCUGGUGACAGCUUUUCUUUGCAAAGUUCACCCGAGGAAGGGGAAAUUCCUUGCAGCUAAAGCCCAGGAGCUGGGCCUGCCAGUGGGAACUCCAGCCAUCCUUCCCAUCAUUACAGCUCUCAAAAAUGGGGAGAGCGUCACUUUUGAAGGCAAAGAGCUCUUUCCUGAGGAGCUGUGCACCCCCACUGACCCUGGCCCAGUGUUCCUUGUGCUGGAGUGUCCCCACGAGGGCUUUGUGGAUGCUGUCUGUGAAAAUGAGACCUUCCAAAGGUACCAGGAGGGAGUUGCUGAGCACCAGGUGGCCUUGGUUAUUCACAUGACCCCCGAGGCAGUGCUGCAGGACAGCCGCUACCAGCAGUGGAUGCAGAGGUUUGGGCCUGGCACUCAGCACUUGGUGCUCAAUGAAAACUCCUCUGCUGUGCACAACCCACGCAGCUACAAGAUCCAAACUCAGCUGAACCUCAUCCACCCAGAGAUCUUCCCUCUGCUCACCACCUACCAGAGCAAGGAAGCAGAGGCUGUGUGCCCUGUGCCCAUCGUGAGAGGGGAGUGCCUCCUGAAAUACCAUCUCAGGCCACAGCAGGAGUGGCAGAGAGAUGCUGUGACUGUCUGUGAUCCUGAUGAGUUUGUCAGCGAGGCCUUGGAUCUCCCUGACUUCCAGACCCGUGUGAAGGAGUGCAAGGAGAGCCUGUCUGCUGUACCAGGAAAUGUGGGUGCUUAUCCUGAGAUUGUGUUCUUGGGAACGGGAUCUGCGAUCCCAAUGAAAAUCCGCAAUGUCAGUUCCACGCUGCUGAAUACCAGUGCUACCAGGUCCCUGCUCCUGGACUGUGGGGAAGGAACUUUUGGGCAGCUCUGCCGCCACUAUGGAGAGCAAGUGGACCAAGUGCUGUGUAACCUCGUGGCUGUGUUUGUGUCCCACAUGCACACAGAUCACCACUCUGGGCUGGUGAAUAUCCUGAUGGAGCGGCGCAGAGCUUUUGCAGCCCUGGGUCAGGAUUUCAGCCCUCUGUUUCUGGUAGCACCUGAGCAGAUCAUGCCUUGGCUGCACGAGUACCACAACCACUGUGAGGAGAUUCUUGGAGACAUCAAAAUGAUUCCUGCUCAGUCCCUUGUGAAAGGCUGUGAGAACAUCAGACCCAAAGCCAAGGAGUUUGUGAGCUCUCUGUUAGAGAGCUAUGACCUGGCUGAGUUUCAGACCUGUGAAGUCCAGCACUGUAAAAAUGCCUUUGCAUGUUCAGUGAUCCACAAAUCUGGCUGGAAAGUAGUUUAUUCUGGUGAUACAAUGCCCUGCAUGGCCUUAGUGCAAAUGGGUAAAAAUGCCAACCUGCUGAUCCACGAAGCCACGCUGGAAGAUGGGAUGGAAAAAGAAGCUAUAGAGAAGACCCACAGCACAACCUCCCAGGCCAUCCAGACUGGGAUGAAGAUGAAUGCAGAGUUCAUCAUGCUCAAUCACUUCAGCCAGAGGUACGCCAAGAUCCCGCUCUUCAGCGAGGACUUCAGCGACAGGGUCGGCAUUGCCUUUGACCACAUGAGGGUUCGUUUUGGUGACUUCCCGGCCAUCCCAAAGCUGAUCCCGCCCCUGAAGGCUUUGUUUGCAGAUGACAUCGUGGAGAUGGAGGAGAGGAAGGAGAAGAGGGAGAUGAGGCUGCUGAAGGAGACUGCUCUGGUCCUGGACAAGCUCACCAGGGGGGACAGUACAGAAGCAGCGUGCCAGAAAAGGAAACAAACCAAGAACCAUCAGGAACUGCCAGACAAGAAGCUUAAAACAGCCAACUGAGAGGGGCAAGGCUGGGAGUGCUCUGCUCCACAGAGAGAAGCCUGGCUCUGCACAGGCCUGGGCACUGCAUGGUGCUGCCAGCACCACAGGAGGACAGGGGCUGGCCUGGGCACCUGGGUCUGCUUGCUCAUCAUGGAUCUCCCUGGGCUGCAGCUCCAGGGGGCUGUCAGCAGCACUGGUCCUUGUGGAGACAGGAUCUGCCUACAUGGCUCCUUUUGGGGGCUCACCAGUCUGUGGGGCAAUUUUUCUUUUAACCAAAAAUUCUCUCUGAACUGUUUUAAUUUUGGGUUUUAUGCUAUGAGGUAUUGAUAAUGUGACAGCAGCAGGUGUGACCUUUGUAAGAGAUCAGGUGUGAGAGGCCCUGGAGGGGCUGUGGGUUUGCCAGAAGAAGGUGAGCAUGUCUCAGCUGGGUAUGCCCCCCUUCACUAUCAGAACCCAGGUGAUAAGAGGAAAAUUAACAGUAAAAUGGGACCCAAUUGUAGGGGUUUAGGUUAAAUUAGGAGUGAGAAUACAUCUGUACAUCGGUGUUCCCAUUUUAUUUUGGUUUUUCUCUGCUGGUUUUUUAUUCAAAAGAUCAGUUUUCCAAACCCUUUAUUUAGAAUCUGAAUAAACCACUCGCCAUCCUCCAAAAAAGCUGCGUUGUGUAUGGAUCACUAAUGAGGAGACAAAAACCUGAAUUGCUCUGGCAAAUGACCUUGGUUUGGCUGGCUUUGGGGUAAAGACCAAGAUCUUGCCCAUCAGAUCUGGAUCAUGCUGGAGCCUCAUGGCUGUGAGUGUCCUUGAGCAGAUUAUGGCUCUGGAUGCAGGGGACAGGAAAGUGGCACAGCAGGCAGGUCUGUGGUUAGGGGAAGUUUUUCUGAGGCUUUUUGUGGGUCAGCCUUGCUUCUUCCCUUGCUGCUGUUGUCACUGGCUGUGUUUGGAAGUAGGAGGGGAGUUCUGAGCUGUUCCAAUAAAGGAGUUCAUUUUUGGAGGCAA